GAGUAGAAUUUGAGCAAAUAAUGAAAGAUUAUUCAGAUUUAGUUAAAUAUGAUGAUGAUAUAUUUACUAGUGAAGAAUUUGAUAAAGAUUAUAUUUCUGAUGAAGAUAAUUUGGAUGAAAUUAGACAAUUUGAUUGUGAAAAUUUGGAGAUUAGUGAAAUAAUCAAUUUUAAUGCCUUUUCAGAAGAACAAGUGAGUGAAGUGAAUAUUAAUAGUAAUAUUGAAGCUGAAGAAGAAGCAGCAGAUUAUGAUAUAAAUAAAGUUAUCAAUGCAGCUAUAA